CCCUACCAAGUUACCAUUGAGGGGUUUAUAUUAUAAAUAUUUACACCUACGUGGAAAGCUAUUCCAAACUAAAUAUAUAUCUGUUAUUACCGUGCUAAAUAAUUAAAAAUAUAUUACGUAAGUUAUAGAAAUAUACCUUGUUAAUUUACGGAAAUAAAAAAAAAAUUUGAACUAAAUUAUAGAAUCCCCCUAUGUCGAUAGUGGUUUGACCCAGCCUCUGCUCAGUGAAAACCGGUGGUUGUUCGAAUAGCUGUACUACUUGUUGCGUUAGUUGUUGUUUGGUUGUUGUUGUUGCUGUUGUGGUUGAUGUUGAUGUUGUAUAUGAGGCUGCUGUAGCGAUGCAGGAGCCGGGGCGUGAAGAGGAGGAUGAUGAAGAUGAAGAGGACAAGGAGGGGCAGGGGUGGCACCUGUACCGCCUUACCCUGCAGGAGCUGGAGAGGCUAAAACUGCAGCAGGCGAGCGACAUGCAGGAGGUGGAGCGAUAUGUUGACCACGUGCGCUCCCUGACAGAAGACCGGGAGAUGGGACUGGAGGCCGAGAAUGAAACUCUUAAGCAGGAACUGGAGGCCAUGCACGCACAGAUGGACACUGAACGCAAGGAGAUCGUGGAGAUGUUGAGAAGACAGGGCAUGGAAGAGAUUAUUGGGGCCUCUCCCAGUGAGCAGGUGGCCUUUCUUCUCGUCGAGAGAGCUUGUCUGCUGCGAUCGCCACCAAGCCCGCUUAAGUCCCAGCAUGAGGUGUUGGGUUGCUCCUGGAAGACGCCACCGCAGACCUCAGACAUCAUGACGCUCGGUGACAAAGUGGAAAAAUACAAAAACCUCUACCACAAGGCAGAGAAAUCUCGGCAGCUGCUGUCGGAUGAGAGGAGCGCGCUCACGCUGAGGCUGCAGCUACAGGAACAGGAGCUGGAGAUGCUCAACAGCAACAGCAGCAGCAACGGCAGCCACCCUCACAAACGCUGUCACGCGCAGAUCGAGGAGCUCCACCGGCAGAACGCGGAGCUGGCGCGGAAGCUACGCAGUGCCGAGGUGUCGCGCGAGGAGCUGGGCGAGCGCAACGAGGAGGUCGAGGCGCUGCUGGCUGAGCUGCAGGCGCGCGAGCGAGACGGGGAGAGGCAUGGCGAUGGGGAAGACAGCAACAGCACGAGCGAGGACAGUGACAGCUCCGUGGAAGAUGGGGACAGCCGCAGGGAGGGCGGCGCCCCCGUGGUGGCACGAGAGGCAAAGGAGGAGGUAGUCAACGUGGGAGAUGAGAGGGAGGCGGAGACGGAGGUGGAGGAGAAGUCGCAGCUGCUGCAGAAGGAGCUACUGGGCGCUUGCACACACCGUGUGCUCACACACCCGUCCGUGCUGGCCGAGCGCCUCUCGGUGGUGGAGGGUGAGAGGGACGCGCUCAACAUGACCGUGCGGCAGCUACAGAUGCAGAACACGCAGCUCCUGGACAAGGCGGCGGAGUGCGAGCGGCAGUGGGAGGAGCGGCUGCUACGAGGAGAGCAGGAGGCAGAGCGGCAGCACGGGCGCGUGGAGAGCCUACAGCGCCAGCUCGAGAGUCAGCACGAGGAGAUGCAUGGCACCACAGGGCACAAGCGCGCUGGAGAUGCAGAACAAGUGGCACAGGUGUCUGCCCUGGAGAAGGAGCUGAGUAAGCUGCGCUUGGAGCUGCAGGAGCACACGCUGCAGUGGCACCACCAGCAGCUGCAGCUGCAGGCGGAGCUGCAGCAGGGACACGCGCGUCGCACGAUGCUGAAGGAGAGGGUCAGGAAUCAGGAGGAGGAGCUGAAGGAGCUAAGGCUUCGUCUUGUGGAACGGGAGGACAGAUCAGCUGUGCAGCAGAAACCAAAUCGAGACAGCCCACCUGACCAAUCAAAACUGCAAGACGCACCUGAUCAGCUUCUCUCCCAGGGCCAGGAGGCUGGUUUACGCAUGGAGUUGGAGCGAGCCCUACAGAGAACAGACAAAUACAUGAGGCGAUACAACGCUGGCCGUGUUUGCUGGCACACCCGCCUGCGCUGCGCCCGGGACGCCUUCCUGGGAGAGCUGUCAGCGCGGGAUAAGGCUGUGGCCACCAUCUCGCAUGACCUGAAGCUGGCGCAGAGCUCAGCCAGCAAGGAACGCGCGUGGAGGGAGCGAGUGGUGCAGGAGCUCCACGUGUCUUUGGCGUCCGUACGUGACCUCACCCAAGAAGUCGCCGACCUAAAGUUCUCCUUGCGCGAGCAGACGAGGCUCACCCAGCACGCGCAGCACAGGCAACGGCACAACACACCGAUACACACACCUCUACUCUUAGCUUUCAUAGCGAGCACCUGUGAAAGCCGACACGGCACACGAGGGGGUGGGUGGCCAGCACCACGCCCAGCUGCCAUUGUCUCCCCAGUGCUGAUAUUUUACACACCGCACCAGGUACUCAGUUGAGGCUGAGUCGACCUAGGGGAGGCCCAGGACCAGUUCAGAUAAUAGUCACUGGUGUGGGACGUGAUCGGGAAUCAAACGCAGGUCGCCGGGUUCGUAAUACAGUGCAUUAACCACUACACUAUCAUUCCCCACUUACAUACACACCCAUACACCACCUCAUAUCUACACACAAAUUCAUUCAUACACUUACACACAAUCAUUCACCAGACACUCAUACACAAAGAUCCCCCGUGUAUAUACUUAACAUACUGUUCGGGCAAGUGCUGUUUGUGAGCACGAAAGACAAUCAUACACACACAUACACCCUAACAACAACAACCGCCAUUCGCCACUAAGUGGCAGUGACGUCACCACGACGCUUGUGCCACUCUAACAGGACCAUAUCCACAUACACCUACCUAUACAAAUGAAAAUGUAUCCACCAUUUAAAAGCUUUACAGUUACUCCCACAAACAUUCAAGCAUUAAUCUGCUCACUCACACACCACAAAGGUAUACACUCACAAAUCCAGACAUUUGCUAAUGUUUAUAUUCAAGUUGUUGCCGGGUAAUUGUGUUGUUUACAUGUGUGUGUGUUUCAAUUGCCUUGUGCACAGGGUUCAGCUUCUGGAAGAGGAAGGGGAACGAUUGAGGAAGCUUCUUCUCGCGGAGCCUAGAAUACACUAACACGUGGCACGCAGGCACACUCCGUCUCACUGACACACAAAGACAAAGAUCCCCUGUAUAGCCUUAACAGACUGUAGGGGCAAGUGCUGUUAGCGAGCACCUAUGAAGGCCAGAACAGUACACGAGGGGGUGGGUGGCUAGCACCACGCCCGACCGCCUUUGUCUCCCUAGUGGCAAUGUUUACACACUGCACUAGGUACUCAUUUGAGGCUGAGUCGACCUAGGGGAGGCCCGGGACCGGUUCAGAUAAUUGUCACUGAUGUUGGCAGUGCGCGGGAAUCGAACCCGUGUCGCCGGGUUCAUAGCGCAGCGCGCUAACCGCUACACUAUCGCUCCCCACCACUGACACACACACACUCACUCACACGCCAGCACACACAUACUCACACAAUUGUCUUUCACCACUAAGUGGUGGUGAUGUCACCAAGGCGUUUGCGCCUGGUUAGGUGCAAUAUGUGGUCACGUGAAGUGUGGAAGGCUAGCUGACAGGGGGUCAUGGGGAUAAUCCAGGUAUUAUGGGUUAACUAAUUGAGAUUACUGGCAGAUGCACCACCUGUGCUCUUCAUUGUGUCAGUGGAGAGAGCAGGUGGGGCAUUUGAUCUUUGGGCAAGUGGUUUUAUAAAGCACCUAAUAAGGCCGACACAGGGCACGAUGGGGUGGUGUGAUCAGCACCACACCCAUUUACCUUUAUCUUGCCAGUGCUCUCCUCCCCCCGGCCCAGCUUAAAUAUACGCUGCCAAGCUUGGCGGUGUUCAUUGGGACGCUGUCUUUCCGACAGCUCUGUUUCUUCACCUGAGGACGGCUGCUUGUGUUGUGGCCGAAACGUCGUGAGAAUUGUAUUUUAUUAUAUUUUAUUUUUAUUAUUUUUAUCAUUUCCCUUCUACGUGACUUUACCGAAAGAACCAAGAAGACUUGCCAGUGCUGUUGUUUAUACACCACACCAAGUACUCAUUUAGGGCUGAAUUUACCUUGGGAAGGCCCGGGACCAGUUCCUACACACAUGCACAAACUCUCACCCACAGAAUCCACACAAUCACAUGCAAAGACAAUCAUCGUACAGUUUAGGUUUAAGCUUUCGGAGUAAGUGCCUAUACCAAUGUCAGCAAGCACCUAUUAGGGAUAGCAUUGCAAACUAAAUGGUGGUCUUUGCGUCUCCUGCGUUCAUGUUAAUAGCCAUAUCUCCAUUGCAUGAUUUACUGAUUUUAGUCUGAUUUUAUCUAGAGGAGACAAGCCAGGUUCAGAAACCAUUUUCAACAUGCUGCUCUUGCCAGGAAUUAAACCUAGAUCAGUGAGAUUUGAGUGCAUUGCACAAACCACAAUUGCACCUCUCUCCACUCCAAAGAUCCCCCUUUAACAGACUUUUAGGGCAAGUGCUGUUCGCUAACACCUCUGGAGGCCGGCACGGUACACAUGGGGUUGGUGGUAAUCACCACGCCUGGCCGCUUUUGUCUUCCCAAUGGUGAUAUUUAUAACACCGCACCAGGUACUCAUUAUUUGAGGCUCAGUCGACUUAGGGGAGGCCCAGGACCGGUUCAGAUAAUCAUCACCAGUGUUGAGUGGGAAUCGGGCGCAGGUCGCCGGAUUCGUAGCGCAGCAUGCUAACCGCUAAGCCCCUUCUCCCCCACACAAGCAUAACCCGCUGUCUGCUGUGCGUACAGCUGCACUCCCUUGUCUGCUGUGUGCGCAGUCUAGUGUCUCCCUUCUGCGACUAAUUUAUCUGUGGUGCACGCCUCGCUCUUUUGCGUCAUUGCUGUGUUUGAGAAUCGUGCUUCAAGACAAUUAAUUAACCUCGUAUUCCAAGGCCUUUAAAGGAGACUCCACUGUCUAAACAUGUACCCACCCAGACACUUUUUUUUUU